AUGAGUCAAUUCUGGCAACAGAGAAAGAUUGAUAUGUUUAAAGAUGGGAUUUCUGUGCCUGGUCUCACCCUCAAGUACCUCAUCUCAUACCUCUCACCUCAAACUUACUUCAGUCUCUUCGAUGAAUCGAACAGCGAUCUCUAUCACCUCAUUAAAGACAACAACACAGGCGGCCCAAGUAUAAUUUUUCACCGAUAUCAUGAAGCAGGCAAAACAAAGAUCAGAGAAGCCGAGGAAGGCGAGGCUGCUAAGCCAUGUGAAACGAUCGUGGGCUAUGACGCGUAUGCGCUUUAUCUCUGGGCUCUGAUGCAGAACAUGCCUACGGGAAGUUAUACGGGACGCCUAGCAGAGAAUGAGUUCAAACCUAAAAGCUCUAUCAAGAUGGCGAUUGAAUGGUUAGAAUGGGUAACGUCCCAAGACAGAAUACAUAUCAGAUAUCAGCUGAACAAUACAGAGAAGCGCAUUGGGGAUCGUAAACUUCCCGUCGACGGUUUCAAUGUUGAGUCAUAA